AUGUUAUCAUCAUCCAAUCAUCCGACUACUUCUUCUUCUUCGGGAGCAUCAAGUGGAAGUGGUCAAACACCCAUACUUGAUAUCAAUUCAAGUCUCACUAUUCUUCAAGAAAAGAUUAUUUAUCAUCAAGAUCAUCAUGAUGAUUCCAUCAGUGGUAGUGGUGGUGGUGGUGGUGGUCAAGGAGAUUCAUUUGAUGACUCUUUUACCACCCAGCAAUCUCCUCCUCUUUCCACAACAACAUCCCAACAAGACACUCCCCAACGAAGAAAACAAAUUCAAACAGCACUCUCCAACAUUUCUGAAUUCUUCAUUUAUUAUUAUCAAAGAGAAUGUAAAUUUUCAUUAAUGACUCAACAAUUAGAGUCCACAAGUGGUGGUGCUACAUCAUCAUCAUCAUCAACAACAACAACUUCUUCUGGUACUACCACGACACAAGAUUCAGAUUCUGUCUUUUUCAAAAACGUUUCUAAUUAUCUCAAUGUCUCUAUUCAACAAUGUUUGAGAGCAUGUGGUGAUAUUUCAAAUGAUGUUCGAAUGUAUGCCAAUGAACAUCUCAGAAAGAUUAUCAAAUCUGUGAUUGACACUCAUUCCGAUCGAAUUCUAGUCAUUCUAUUCAAAUCUAUGAAACCAAAAGUGAAUAACAAGUAUAGUAUUGUAACAGCAAUCUCCAAUUUUGCAAAUAUUUCUCAUUAUAUCAAACCACAGAAAUGUAGAACCAUGGUUUCAUUCAUUUUACCACAACUCAUUCAAUUUGUAUCGAUUGAAUAUGAUUAUUAUACGUUUAUUAUUGAAAAUAUUACAAUGAGUGGAUCAUUGGAUAAAAUAUUUGAUAUUUUAGGACCAUAUAUAGAAGAAGAAGAAAUUUAUGAUUUUUGUAAAGAUUUAUUUAAAUUACUUUCUCAUCAAGAAAUUGAAAUUCGAAGAUCAAGCGCUAAAUCCAUUUCAUCAUGUUGUGCCUUUGUACCGACAUGUCCAAUCCAUCAAGUGGCUUUGGAUGUCCAUGAAAUUGCAGUGAGUCAAUGCUUUAAAAAUCAAGAAUGUGUUGAUUUAAAGACACUUCAAGGAUGUUUAAAUACAUUUUUGAACAUAUUACUAGUUUUGGAUGAUUUAUCAGGAAGAUCAUCAAGAGCAUCUCCCAUUCACUACUCUCGAUAUCAAUCAUUUAGUAACUUGGUGUGUGAUUUAUUAAUUGAUUCAUUGAGUGUGCAAGAUCAGAGAAUAUUAUCACCAUCGAUAGAAUUAUUAACUAAUUUAUUAUCUAAAUUUAGUAAUUACUGUAAGAAUUGGAUUCGAGGGAAAGUAGAUGCUCUACUCUCAAAAACAUUUUAUAUUCUCACUACUUCUAAAAUGUUAGUGACUGUCAAGAGUUAUAUUUUAGAAGCACUCUCUCAAUUUCUUUAUGUAUUUCCUGAAUGGACUCUUGAAUCGUUUCAUAAGAAUUCGUGUCAUUUGAAAUUUUUAUUUGAUAUUUUAGAAAAUAUUGAAGAAGAUUAUUUGAUUAGAGGAAAGUCAUCCAUUCUAUUGGCUACUAUUAUUGAAGUUUGUGUCAAGUUACAACACAAGAAUUUAGUUGAACGAGUGAGACCUUUAAUGAAUGAUGAGGUAGAGUCUAAACAGAGUGAAUCUACUCGAAAUGACUUGCUUUUGGAUUUUGGAACCAGUGAAAUGGUUGAUAUGAACUCGACCAAUACUUUCAAUGCUAGUAGUAGCACUACCAACUACACUUUCAAUACUAGUGGAAUGGCAGAUAUCCAUAAUACUACUACUGCUAUUCCUACUAGUGCAACUACUACUGCAACUAUCAACACGACAACAACCACUACUUUCAAUACUAGUAGCACUAGUGGAAUGGCAGAUAUCAAUACUACUACUACACCUACAACCAACACAUCGAUUCAACAUCUUUCUUCACAUUCACUUCUCUCUCAACUCACAUGCAUGAUUGUUGAUAAAAUUAUGAACAUCAUGAUGAGAGAAUCAUUCAAUCAUUUACUAGUGAGAAUGUUAAUUAGUUCAUGUAGUCUAUGUCUACCCAUUUGUAUGCAAUAUUUACCUGAAUUAGCAUUCAAUAUUCCCAAGUAUAUUCUUUCUAUUAUUCAUGUCAAUGAUAGUUUUUGGAGUGUUAAAUUUGAAAUUUUGAAUUUUCUCAAUCGAUUUGAUUAUACUCUCAUUGAAUAUUAUGAACGUAAGAAUAAUUUAAAGAAAACAAGUCAGCGUAACAACCCUAUAGAUACAACAACAACAACGAGUUCUACUACUGGUAGUACUACUGGUAGUACUUCUUCCAAUACUACAAAUGCAACAACAACGAGUGCUACUGCUACUACUACUAGUACUACAAAUGCAACAACCACCACUACCACGACAACCACCACUACCACCACCACUACAACAACAACACAAUAUACUCUCUUACAAAUCAUUGUAGACAAAGUCGUAUGGAAAUACAUUAGUGAUGAUAAUGAAAAGGUUAGAAAAUUAGCCUGUAUGACUCUUAUUCAAUUAUUACCCUAUCCCAAUGUUAUGAAUAAUAUUCAUACGACAUCUAUUCAUCACGGUGGUUCAUCUUCACAACAAUUACUUUCAUCUUCACAAUCUAAAAGUGGAAGUCAAAUGGCAUCACUCUUUGAAAGAUAUUCAUCAGAUUAUGAUUCUCGUUUACUAAAACAAAUCAUUUCAACAGAAAUGUUACAAUACAUUAAUAGAGAUGUGAUUCGAGAACAUGAAUUAACCAAUGUGGUAUUGGUCAUUAUGAGAUGUAUUUCUCAAUUGACUCUUGUGAGAGAUGACAAACAUACUUUUAUUGGAAUUAUCAAAUUAUUAUCAUCACUUGCAAAGAGAUAUAGUCAAUACGAUGAUUCCAAUCCACAUUUAAUAUCUCUACAUAAUGAUGAAAAGAGUGGUCAGAGUGGUCAGAAUGGUCAGAAUGAUCCUAUUAGCGGUAGUAGUAGUAGUAACACGAGUAGUAGUGGUAGUAGUAGUGGUACCACGACGACGACGAGUCAUUCCACAAAUCCAGGUGGUAGUGGUGGUAGCUCAACAACAACAACCUUACAUGCUAUUCCUCAACGAGUUCGCCAUCAACGAACUUCAUCCAUGGGUGGUGGUUUCAAUACAAGUACGAGUGGAGCCAAUGCACCUACAAGUUCUCAUAUCACUCCAAAACCAGUCAUUUCAUUCUAUGCCAUUGAGAUUUUAGACUUGUUGUUGGACAAGUUGAAAUAUUCAGCUGAAAUCUCUACAGAUCUCAAUGUACAUUCCAUGAUUGUUAAAACUAUUGGAUUAUAUGUAUUACAAUUGAAACAUUUAACAAGUGGAUUGAAUAAUAAUACUUCCAGUCAUAAUUCCAUCAUGAUGAUCAAAAAAGUUCAACACAUUACUGAAAAACUAUUAUCAUAUGAACAUUUCAUGAUUGAUAUGAUUAGUAAUGUGUUUGAUGAGUCAUAUAUCAAAUCAAGUCCUAUUCAAUUGAAUUAUCAAAAAGACAUGCACAAAUAUGUCUAUGACAAGUUAUAUCAUAAUAUUCGACAAUCUGCCAAGUCAUCCAUUAGUAAUGCCAUUAUUGAUUCUACUUAUAGUAGAGAUGCUAUUUCUAUACUACGAUCACAAUUACUCAAGACACUCUAUUUUAUAUUAUUAUAUGGAUCUACCAAUGUCAUUGAAAAGUAUACCAUCUCAAUGAUUCAAUAUUUACAUUUCAAUGUGAGAUUUGAAAAGAAAUUUUCCAUCCUCUGUAUUCAAGAAUUAUUUGUUUCUUUAUUUGGUAAAAAGGAUCGAUACUAUAAUAUUAAUAUACCAAAUUAUGAGAGUAUCAAACCAUUAUUCAUUAAUGAUGAAGAUGAUGUUAUUAAUCCAAUGGGAGUCAAUCAAAUGUUCUCAUUCGCCACUCCAAUCUCUUCAUCCUCUUUACGUAAAUGCAAUGGACUUUUUGAAAAGAUAUUUGUAGAAGGUAAAAACAAUGUAUGGUCCACACGAAGAGAUGUUAAUUUGGGAUUGAAUAGUAUGAGAGUACGAACCACAUCUUUACUCAUUCCCAAUAAUAAGGCAAGUAUGAGUGGUAAUAGUAGUACUGGUGGUGCUGAUUCUAGUUCUACUACUACUACUACUACAACAACAACAACAACGACAUCAAAGAAUAAUCCAAUCACUCCACAAAAAUCCAUUCCAUUGACUCAUACACAAUCCCCUAAAAGCACCAAUUUUAGCUAUGAUUCUAAAUUUGGAGAUACUGGAAAAACGUAUCGUCAAAUUCUCUACAUGUUCAAUCCUGUAGUGAUUGGUUUAACCAAAUCAUUCAAACAUACACAUGAUCGAUCUCUACAAAAUGUAAUUCUAUUCAUGCUCAUUCGAAUGAUUUGUAUUGGAAUUGAUUUUAGUCAAUUAGAUAAGGAUGGAUCAUUUAUUAGAUAUAUUUUGAAACAAAUUGAUGAUAUUGAAACGACCUAUUUGACUGAUUAUGAACCUGAUCAUACAUUGUAUCAAGUGAUGGAUUUCUUAUCAGUUUUAUUGUACAUUGUCAAGUAUUCACAUUUCCCUGAUCAUCCAUUUGAUUGUAUUAAGAAGUUGGCUCAAAUUGGUUUAAAGGAUGAGAAAGAUUUGAAUCGUAGUGUUGGUGGUGGUGGUGGUAGUCGUGUUAGUUCUGGUAGUGCCAGUAGUAGUAACCAUGUUCAACAACAUGAAUGGAGUAUGACCAGUAUUUUGAGAUCACUCUCUCCCAUCAUGAUUAGAGCUUUUUUAUGUGAAACUAGAAAUGCACAUCAUGCGACUACUGCAACUACUACCAGUAGUACGACUCAGAACACUGAUGGUAGUGCACUGUUGAAUGAAUUCUUGAAACAUGUUCAAUUACCAGAAUGCCAAGCAGUAUUGACAUUGUUAUUGAGAAAUGUUCAACAACAAGGAAAUGUACAUGUCUCAAAUAAUCAUCAUGGUAAUAGUCAUACACACAAUAGUCAUACUCACAAGAACACAAGUUCAGCUGAAAAUACUCAAGUACUCCUCGAUAUGAACAUUCCAAUGGUAUCAACCAAUUCAUCUUCAACUACAUCCAAUACGACUACUUCCAAUAAGAAUUGGACUACUCCAAGUACUACUACUACUACCUCAAGUACUACUACUUCAAGUACUACCACUACUACUUCAACUAGUCCAUACUCUCCAUGGAAACGUCUCUCCAACAAGAUUUUAACCGAAUGGGUCAUUCAUCAACAAUUACAAGUGGACAUGGAUUGGAGUCGUGUACUCAUUUCCAACAUUGGAGAUCAUUUCCAAUCCACUCGCAAUGAUGCUACUCUCUAUUAUAAUCAUAUUAUGAAUCAAUUGAUGAGUGGAUCAGCAGGUGGAGGUGGCGGUAGUGGUGGUCUAUCUGGUGGUAUUGGUUCGUCUACUCUUCCUCUAGGUGGUGGUGGUUUAUCAGGUGGUAGUUACUCCUCAUCUCAUUCAAGUGUUUUAUCGAAUGGUAUUCGAGGAGGUGCAUCUAAAAGACAAAAAGGAUGGAAUGGAACCCAAUGGGGACAUGGUUCAUCAUCAGCAUCAUUGAAGAAUGGAAUGAUUGAUGAUGAUUUUCGAAUGGAAUUGUCAAAAAUAUUUUACUUUAUUGAUGCCUUGUAUAUUAAUGUUCAUGAUGAAGAACAAUUGCCAAUUAUUCGAACACUCAAUGAGGCAAUGAAUCAACAUUUGAAUCAAUCCAUGAAUGAAAUGAUGAUGGAUCAUUCAAGACUUGUCUCUCAAGAUUCAUUUCAUCGAUCAUUGAUGACGACUCCUCAAGAUUCAUCCAUACUAUUCAACAAUGAUAACAAUGAAAACAGUAACAACACUAACAACAACAACUCGGAUGAUACUAGUAGAAUUUUCAUCAUUUCCAAUUUACUCAAAUCACUGUUAUUUAUGAGAUUAAUGAAUAGAAUUGAUAAGAAGGAAAACAAAGCAGAACACUCUCUUCGUACUUUGGAAACAUUUUUAUCAUUUUGUGUCAAAUCAUUGAAAAUUUAUAUUAAUCACAAAGAUUCAUCAUCAAUUACAAUUGUCAAGUAUUUAACAUCCGAAAUGUUACUAGUCACUAUGGAAUUACAAGAGAGAUUAUAUUCUAAAUUAUCAAAUCAUAGACUCAUUGAUAAUGUUGACAAAUUGAAUGAAAUCUAUACCAAAGAUAUUAUCUAUUUUUGGAAAUUAUUUACAAUGAACUGUGAACCUAUGGGACAAGAUACUGAGAAAUCGAUCAAGAGAUUUGAUUUUCCAAUCUAUGCAUCGAUUCUAUCACUAUUAUUAUCACAUUCUAAAAUGUUACCAAAAGAGUUUGGUAUUUCAUUUUUCAUUGAAAUUUACAAAGUAUUCCAUACGAGCAGUGGUGAGUACACGACCAGUUCCACUGCUACAAGUUCUAUGAGUACUUUGGAUGAUUUCAUGGAAACUAGUUUUAAUACUACUACUACUCCUGCUACUACUACUACGACAAUGACUAGCACGGAUCACACAGAGAAUACUCUGGCCUCUCCUCUCGUUAUGGCUUAUCAUUAUCAAGUGAUUCAACAGAAAUCUCUAUUUUUAAGUAUUAUUCAUUUGAUAUUAAGUAUUGUUCAAUGUUCAACCAUAUGGAAUGCCGUAUCGACCACACACACUCAUCAUACCAUUGGAGAGAAUUCUAUUGAAGCAUCAUCAUCAUCAUUAUUGGAUGACUCAACUCAUUCUGAUGAGACUACUCCAGAACAUCCUUUGAAUCUUUUAUUUAAAGAAUGUUCAAUUCAACAUUUAUCAAGCAAGAUGUGGAAGAAUAUUUUAAAUCAUUUCAAUGAACCAAUUGUUCAAGAGUUUAUUACUUGUUACUCUGAUAGUAUUCAAUCAUCCAAUGAUUUGAUUGGACUCUUUGAAGAAUUAGAUGAGAAAUUCUCUAUCAAGAAUCAAUUACAAAUUAGUGAUUUGAGAAUUGUAUUCAACUUUGUUAAGAAUUAUAUAAGAAAGGGUCAUUUACAUUGUUUAAUUCCAAAAAUGGUCAAUCAAUUAGAAGAGAGAUACAAAGUUGAAACUACAUUUAUGAAAAAGAAAAUUCUCAAAGAUAUGAUCAAUUACAUUAAUCAAAACAAUACAAAUACUCUCAAAGCACAAAUGUUGAAGAAUGAUUACAAGGUUCUCGAUAAGAUUAUUGAAAAUGUGAAUCAAACCAUUUCAAAAUAUCAUUUGAGAGAACAAGACGAGCCUUCAUUCAUGAAAUCCAAAUCAAUACAUUCAAUGAUUGAUCCCUCUCUCAAUCCAUUGUUGGCACAAAGUGAAUUAGCAUCCAAUCCUUUUGUCAUUUCAAACUUUUUAAUUGAUUAUAUGGAAAAGGGAGAUUUGAAAUAUGUUCCAAGUAUAGUCUCUUCUAUGAAUGCUCAAUCUUUGAAAGACAUUAUUUCUCAAUUUAAUGGAAAUAUUGAAUUUGUGACCUCAUUACUCAUUCAUUUAAAGACCAUCGAUCAAAUACUUCCAUUUAUAGAUUUUACAUUUGAUCAAAUGAAUCGAUUGAAUGAAAACUCACAAAACAAAUCCUCUUUAUUCGGUACCUAUUUGAAACUAUCAAAUUUACUCUCUAAAUUACUUUUGAAAUGUAGAACAUUUAAUUUACUUGAAGAUAAGACAAAGCAAGUCAUUCAAUUUACUUGUCAAUUUAUUGACUUGUUUUAUGAAGAGAGAUUGUUACAACAAGCCGUAGAUUUGAUUGAUGUUGAUUACAUGCUAUCACUCAUUCAUCAAGUAUUACUUUCGUAUGGAAGUAUAUUUCAACGCAGUCAGAAUCAGGUAUCAGCACAACAUGAUUCAACUCGUUGCAACCAAGAUGACUUUAUUUCCAAAUCAUGUCAAUUAAUUAUUGAUGCUACUACAGUCAGUUCAACAAGUAGUGAUAUGAUGACUCUCACUCCUUCAUCCAUGAACUCGUACAUGACCAGAUAUUUGAAACUUAUUUUAUUCAAGACCUUUCAAUUACAUCCCAAUAUGACCAUGCCAUCGGAAUUUCCUGAUAUAGAAGGAGGUGGAAUGAAUGGAAGUGGUUCGAGUAGUAGUAGUAGUAGUAGUGGUGGUGGUAUGAAUUCGCUCUAUGGUUUCUCUAUUGGUAAUCGAAUUCCAUUCAUUUCUUACCAUCAUUUAAAACUAAUUCGAUCCAUAGGAUUAGAAUUAUCCAAAUGUUAUAUGAAUUUGGCAUAUUCUCCAUUUCUACCCAAUUUAGAAACUGGAUAUUAUCCUAGAAUUGAUAAUGAACAAGUUGAAACACUGAUAUUCAUGAUACAAGAAAUUGGAUGCAAUGAGGAUAUUUUCAAGCAAUUGUUUGAAAUGUGUUUUGAUUUAUUGAAAUCAGAAAUUACUCAACCAUUUGAUGAAAUUCAUGUUCUAUUUUUGAAAUUACUCACUUGUAUGAUUUGUAAGAUGAAUCAACCACCACAAACAUUUACAUCAUUGAAUGAUAUUGAUUAUGAUAAUUUGUUUAUGAGCACUACUACUAGCUCUUCAAAUUCUCCUUUGAAUGCUAUUCAGAAUUGUGUCGAUAAUUACUUGUCUAUUGGUGGUAUUAAUAGUUCUAUCAAUAAGAAGAAUAUAACAACAACAAAUAACAAUACCAAAUUAUCAACAAGCAGUAUUCAAGUGGAAGACAUGUAUUCAAGAGCUCUUUUCAAUAGUUUCAUGCUCUUCAUUCAAGAGAGUAUUCAGAAAUAUUCAAAAACAAAUUUAAUGAUUGCAAAAGAAAUGAUCAAAUCCUUACUUUUAAUAUUGAACAAUAAUAUUGUACUGUUUGCUAUCAACAGUCAGACCUAUUCACUCCAAUGGUUAUUUGAUCUAUUCAAAAAUACAUAUAAGGAAGCUAUUCUUUACGAUGAUUGGUUACUCGCACAAUAUUCCAUUUAUGGUCUCUCAAAGACGUAUGCCAUUUUACAUUCGAACAAUUCAAGAGAUGUCAAUGAAGAGUAUUUGAUCAAAGUCAUGGAAACAUCUCUCGUAAACUCUCAUACCAAACAAUCAGCAUUUCAAAGUAUUCUCUCGUUUAUUGAAUGCAACAAUAGAAAUAUUGUACUUAAAUUAUUACCAUAUUUAGCAAGUAACAUUCAAGGAUGGUUAUUAGAGAAAGAACAAACUGUAUACAAUCAAUUACUACUCAUGAAAAUGAUUACACUCAUUGUACAACAAUAUCCAGAAGCAUCUGUUCAUCAAUUAACGAAAAAGACCAUGGAAGCACUUUUCAAUCUAAGUGAUGAUAUUGAUGCACCACUUUCCAUUGUGAUUACCAUCUUUAAAUCAUUACAGAAUUUAUUAAUGAAUUAUUCACUCUCUCAAUUUGAAAGAAGUUUAAUAGAGGCAAUGACAAGUAUCAAACAGAGUGCAUCUUAUAACAUGUCCACAAGUUCAAGUGUGAAUAUGAGUGGUGGUGGUGGUAGUGGUGGUGGUAUUGUGAAUAAUAAUAGUAUGAGUAGUGGUGUUGGUGUUGGUAGUGUUGGUAGUAUGAGUAGUGGUGGCAAUACUACAAAUCUUACACAAAAUACAUCCAUGAUGAGUAAGAUUGUUCAUCCAUUCAAAAAGAUGAAUAUUGAUACGUCGACCUUUACCAACUUUACACAAAUGCUUGCUCAGAAUAGAACCAUCUUGUUAGUGAGAAAACCAACUGCUGCAUUUUCAGGUACGACAUUGAUGAAUAGCAACAGUGGUCAUCAUACGAACAUGAUGACUGGAUCGAGUAGUAGUAGUACCAAUAAUAGUAGUAAUAAUAAUAAUAAUAGUGGUAGUGGUCACAAGGGUAUGUAUACAGUCAUAUCAUCACCAUCAACAACAACAACAACCACUCAGAACAAUAGUGGUACGACAGCUACUACUACUACUACUACUACAACUGGUAAUAGUACCACAACGAGUAGUCAAAAUUCUAUUAUGGAUAUCAAACUGACUCCAACAACUUCCACCACAACAACAACUCCACCCAAUACAGCCACUACAAAGAUGAAACAAUUUAUGAGCUUUUUCCAACCAAAGAAGACUCCUACAACAAGUUCCACAUCUGGAACUACAUCGAGUAAUAGUAGUGGUAACAUCAUCAAUAACAACAACAACAGUACAACGACUAUGAAUAUCAACAACAACAACAACAGUACAAAGAUUUCACAUACUCCAACCAAAUCUCUUGACAAUACUACUACUAGUAGUACUACUACUGGUUUAUCAUCUUCCAUGUCAAGUACCAAUAUCGCCAAGAGUGUGAGUAUGACAUCCAUUGCAAGCGCCAUGUCUCGUUCUGCUGAAAGUCUUCAAAAUAAUAUUUCUCAAACAAGAAGAAUAUUGUUAUUAGGUUUGAUGGCAACAUUUAUGUAUACUUCAACAUUUUCUAGAAAUAGUGGAAGUGCAGGGAAUGUUGCUUCUUUGACUUCUCAAGAUUCAUCACAAAAAGAACGUGCCAAAGUGAACAUUUUACAUUUAAUUGAACAAUUCCAUGAUGGUGAAAUUGAUCGAGAAGGUGAAGUUCUAUUGAGAUUUAUUCCACAAUUGAUGGAAGACUUUUUUGAAAGUGAACAAAUUCUACCACUCUUGUACAAUGAAUUUUUGAGUGCCAAAACACAUCCAUUGCUACUCUCACUAUUACUCUCUCUUCAUAUGCCACAUAUAUUUACUUUGGAUUCAAACAUGGCAAAUUUUGAAAAUUGGAUUACUAUGAGUAUGCAAACAUUGUGUUUGAAACAACCACCAAGUGGAGCCUUGUGGGCACUCUUGUGCUUAUUCAUUACCGUGUGUAUGAGUGAAUAUGAUCAUCAUCAUGCUGCAUUGAUCUAUUUUGGAUCGAAUCACUGUGUUCAUGAAUGGAAUCAAAUUUCUUCACAUGCCUUCCUAUUAUAUGGUUCAAUCUUUUACAAUUACUUGUGCGAGAAACAAAUGAAAGACGCCAUCAAGACGUUCACACAAGUAGUGCUACCUCAACUCAUAGAGGAUUGUAAGGACAAUUUGAUAUUUGUCAAGCUAUUGAAGACUUUAAAGUUUUUAUGUAGUGGUACGAUUAGCAGUGGUGGUGGUGGUGGCAGUAUUGCACUUGUCAACAAUACGUUAAACACAAACGAAGAAACAAUGGAAACAACACCUCAAAAGCAACUAAGCGAAAUGGCCAGUGAAUUGGACAGUUUCUUUUAA